UCUGCGUCUGCGCAGGCGCUCCCCGUAGCCAGGACCAGCGCCCGCCUCGCAGCCUGUGUUACGCUAGGCGUUUCAGCUUUCCAGCUGAUCCUGCCUCCUUCGGGUUCGCUCUCCCCUCCCCUCCCCUCCCUCUCCGGGAGCGCGCGGAGGGGGCGGGCGGGGAAGCGACUUGAAGGAGAAGAGGAGGACCGUGUUGGCUCCGCGUGCUCCGCCCGGGACUCAGCGCCCACCUGGCUUACCCUUCCCUCCUCCCAGACCCUUCUCCCGGCCCGGGCUCCAUCAUGAUCAAGGCGAUCCUCAUCUUCAACAACCACGGGAAACCCCGGCUUUCCAAGUUUUACCAGCCCUAUAGUGAAGAUACCCAGCAACAAAUCAUCAGGGAAACUUUCCAUUUGGUGUCUAAACGAGAUGAAAACGUUUGCAACUUCCUAGAAGGAGGCCUGCUAAUAGGUGGAUCUGACAACAAACUGAUUUACAGACAUUAUGCCACAUUGUAUUUUGUCUUCUGUGUGGAUUCGUCAGAAAGUGAACUUGGCAUUUUAGACCUAAUACAAGUAUUUGUGGAAACACUAGACAAGUGUUUUGAAAAUGUCUGUGAACUGGAUUUAAUUUUCCAUGUAGACAAGGUGCACAACAUUCUGGCAGAAAUGGUGAUGGGGGGAAUGGUUUUGGAGACAAACAUGAAUGAGAUUGUGACUCAGAUUGAUGCGCAGAAUAAGCUGGAGAAGUCGGAGACCUUUAUCUUUCAGUCUCCCAGACAGGACAGGUAGACAAGGUAUUGCUGACUUUGAGAACAAUGUGCUUUGAACAAAGGGAAAGCAAAAUGAUGUCGAAGGCCAUCCAUUGUUUAGGCCAGACUCAAAAAUUCUUUCUGUUGAUGACCCCACACCAGUCCCUGUAGCCUCUCUCCAUGCUAGUUCCUUCUCGUAGUUCCCGCCUCCAUUUCUUGGACAGUCUCUUACCAGCACGUCGUUCUUGUCAUGUCCUGUUUUGUUGUCUGCCUGCGUUGUAGACCGAAGCAUUGUCAUUGGGCUGGCCCAUCUGGAGAAUGACAAUCGCGGUUCUGUGUCUGUGGGGGGCAGGGACCCCACUAACUGGCCUGCCCACCAUCUCCAUGGCUCAGCCUCCAAAUCAGGCAUCGCAUUGCUCAUGAAAUAUCUUGCUGCAUUUGGAAGUGGCCAAACCACCAAAGACGACCAGUCUGUCGGGUUCCCACGUGUCGGUCCCGGGGGGGGGGGGCAGAGGGGGUUUAGGGGAGUCCACAGGUGAGUCACAGAGGGUUUUCCGAUCUGAUCGUCACAAAUAAAUGCAUAGUAAAGGUGGCUUACUUGCAAACCCUCCCAAAUGGUAGUUGUUGACGGUGCUGAUCCUGGUUCCCAUUUCUGAAGGACGUUGCCACGUGUGGACGCGCCCUAGUUUGUACUGGCCCGUCCUUUAUACGUGACCAAGAGAAGGAUGGGACCGUCUGGGCCAGACGACUGCUUGCCUGUCAGCCAGUCCUUUAAAAAAUGUGGCUGUUAUGCGAGAUCUUCAGCUCGUUAUUCCCUAUUCCUUGGAGAAAUGUUCACUCUAAUGUGAAUAUACAUCGGUGGAAUAUUAAACACUGACCCGACUGACAGGCUUUGGGCUUCGGGGUUUCUACGCUGCCUCCCAGUCCUGUAACUCAGUUCUUCAGUGGGUAAAUUCAUAUUCAAAAGCCACAAUGUUGAAAAGGUUCACUUUGUUUAAAAACCAUAUUUUCAAAAUCUGCAGAUAUUUUGUUAAUGAUUUGGGGUCUGAAACCAUCUAAUAGACUGGUUGAUACAGCUGGUAUUUUCCAUACUAAUCUUUUAGAUUAAAUGAUGCUACUAUAAUAUCAUAUUACCAGCAUUUCUGUAGAAAGGGGAAGAAAAAGUUUGAAAAUAUAUAAAAUAUUUGCAACUACCAUCUUUAUUAUGCAAUAUUUUCACGGUGGAAGAAAUCUUUCAAGAUGGUAGGAAGAUAUUUUACCACUUACAGAAAAUAUCUAUGUAUCACUCUUCCUUUCCUUUCAAGUAAAUGCUAUUUAUUGCGUAAGGAAAGGGGGGCUUUCAGGAUCUUUGAAAUCUUAGUAAUGCUGCUUUUUGAGUUCUGCUUGCACAUAUUCUGUUUAUUUUUGGGUCUGGCACUUUAAAAACAAAACCAAAACCAAAUCAUACCCAUCCAUUACUAUCUUUGUGAUUCAGGUGCUUGAAAUUUCCAAGAGUAUGUCUGUAUAAGUCUUCUAUCUGUUUGGCCUCAUUUUGAUAUACUUGCAGACUUCAUUUUGUUUUCUUUCUCUUAAUUCUGUUCCUUUAUUUAAUCUCAUGGGAGAGAAAACGUGGUCAUUCUUUUAUAUCCUGUGCAUCAUUCUUUCAUCCAGUUCAUAAUCUUACUGCUUCAAACUCAUCUAUUUAUUUUGGGAAGUGGAGAUGGGAAAGUAUGCCAGCCAUGGCCGUAUUCAACUACAGGAUGGAAACAAGUUAUUUCUCUAGUAGCUUUUCAUUCUCCAUUAGUUUAGUUUUAGGUAAAUUGUAUUUUCUUGAGCCUUUGAACUAACUAGACUCCUAGCAUGUUGUUAGAGGCAAGCCUAAUUUCUGCCAGCUAUUUUAAAUUAUGCACGUCACAUUUGUUUGGUUCUUGUACAUUUUUAUUGUUCUCUAAAAAAGGGCUUGGGGGUAUUUUUUGCUUUUUGUUGUUAAUUGCCCUUAUGCUCCAAGAGUACGUUUUUUUCUCCUAAAGAAAAUCAUCCUGAUGACAAUGAAAUUAUUUUUAAGUGUCCAUUUUAUUUAUUUAUUUAUUUAUUUGGGGUCCCUUAUCUUCUGGCUUGGAAUCAAUACUGGGUAUGGGUUCCAAGGCAGAAGAGUGGUCAGGGCUAGGCAGUGGGGAUUAAGUGACUUGCCCAGGGUCACACAGCUGGGAAGUGUCUGAGGCCAGAUUUGAACCUAGGAUCUCCCAUCAGUAAGCCUCAUUCUCAAUCCACUGAGCUACCCAACUGCCCCUUGUCCAUUUUAUUAAGUUAUAUAAUUGUCUACUUACUAUAUUUCUUUGCCUUUGCUUUGACGAAUUAUUAAUGAGUUCCCAAAGUCCCCUCUAACUCUAGAUCAAUAAAUGAUCUGGUGAUCUAACUUUUUUCUUAUAGUAGGAAACUAAGAAUAUAUUUUAUUUCCUUAUUUCUUGUGCCAUAUGAGUAAUAUUCUUUGAUAAAGUAAAAUUUUAUGAAUCAAUAUUUAUACUUACAUAUGCAUGACGGCUGACAAUUUAUUUAAGAACCUGGCUUAAGACUUCUGGCUGCCUUAGUACAAUUGUUUUUCCCAUAGAAUGUUUUCCACAGUUUUAUUCUUGCCCCCACUUCCCAACUCUCCCAAACAAUAUGCCAGUUCAAUUUAAGGAGAAGUGGGGUUAGUGAUUUCAAUUUGAUUCCUAUAUCCUUUCUGCCAUAUUGAUUUGAUUGUCUAUUACAGAAAUAUUGAACAUACUUGAGAAAUAAUUUGUAUUCUGCUAAUCCAUUUGCGUGUUUUAAGUAGUUGUCAUCCUCUGCAUGUUUAUGGGCUUGUUGCUUAUGUUUAGAAGGAUUAUAGUUCCAUGGGCUUCAUGACUUUUUUAGCAAUUUUGCAUAAUGAGGGCUAUAACACAACUGCAUUAUUUGAAAUGAAUUAUAUCAAAUUGAUUAUAUGUGUUCUCAUUAGCAGCCAACAGCAGCCAUUAGCAAGAUAUCAUCUUUGAGACCAUGUUUGCAAAGAAACAGCUUAAUCUAAUGCAAGUUACAAGGAUAUAGUUCUUACUCACAUAGUCUUUGCCAAAGUUCAGAUUUAACUGGUUCUUACUACAGAAUAGUAUGAAGGCUGAAUCUCCUUUAUUUUAAUGUUGAAGGAAUUACAGAUCCAUUUUAAAAAAUUGAGCCAUUCCUUCCAACAAAAAUGUACUACGGGUAACAUUCUUUUAGAGGUUCACUAUUACUGUAGUGUCUAUAUUUACAUGUUUUCAUUAGGUUUCUAAAAAUAAAGUCUAUUCAUCUUUUGUUGGAAUAUUCUACAUCUUAGUCUUGAGAACUGUUGAAAACAUGGAUGAUUCUUAUUAUGCAAGACUACGUGAAACCAGCAAUAUUUUCAGCUUGGAAAAAGGAUCACAGUUCCAGGAAGUCUGUACAAUUUUGUGAAAUAACUUCAUCUCCCUUUGUAAUCAGCAUACUUCCCGGCACAAAAAAGGAAGUCUGAAAGAAGUUAUACCAGCUCUUGUUUUGGGAUCUCUUACCUUAAACCAUCCAAAUUGUGGUAGAUGGAAAAUGAACUAAAAAGAGUCCCACCUUGAUGUAAUGUGUAGUAGGCUAAACGAUAUUCAAUUGUGUUUCCACUGUCUUGGGGGCGGGAGACAAGUACAGUAAUCUGUAUAAAAAGAAUAGAUCAGGUAGGCAAAAUGCAUAGUUUUGUUUCAAUUUUUAGUUGUCCAUUAAUAAAAACAAUUAACCUACAUUAAAUUAAGACAAUUGAAUGCCUCGACCCUAAUUUUCACUUAAUUGGGGUAGAAGGUUUUCAUCUGUGUCAUCAAGAUGGCCUUUCUGUUUAAAUUGUCACCCAUAAUUGUGUAUGUGGACCAUCUGUCAUUGAUGAUAUUUGGAUGAUUUUCUGUUAUUUCCAUUUUUAAAUGGCUAAUCCAUGACUUUUUUCAUUUCUUAACAGUAAUUUCAUCCUUUAUUAAAAAAAUACUUCCCACCUCCCUAUUUUGUGUUGGUCGAGAUUUUUCUCAGAGCAAAUAUCGUUAAGAGAGGGAUAGAUUCAUAUAAGACCAUUUCUCUUGUUAUUCAAGUUCUUGGCAGAUUAUUAAAAGGAACUUUGAACUCUAUGUUUCUAUUAAAUUGCAUUGUAGUUGGCAUUUCCUAUCUAUAUUUUUCAAUUGCACUACUGGAAAAUUUGAUGAAUUUUGGGUUUUGUUACUGUUAUCACUUUCAUUAGCAUUUGUACAAAUUGAUGCCAAAGUCAGAUAUUUUAAUUUUAAUCAUAAAGUCUGAUUAUAAAACACCUUUUAAGAAAUAUCAGUGAGACCUAUUUGGUCAACAAACUAAAACUUCCAAACCUAAUGAUAGAUAAUUUAUUAGAGAAAACAUGUGCGCUUUUCACUUUUCUUUUAUCCUAAUAACUUAUCUUUUAAAGCUAUUUUAAAAUGUACAACUUAUAAGAGAGCAAUUUAUUUUGCAUAUGAUUUAAUUAAUUUACCUACCCCGCUAUUUGCCAGUAGUGCUCUGUAUUGAAAAGAAUUUAACUGGAAUUAUGAACACGUUUAUGAAGAGAUACUAAUGAAGUUUUCUAUUUAGGUGACUGCUUCUGGAUUUAAGCUUCUUAAAAUGAAUUUCUGUUAAGUCUUUGCAUUCUUUAAUAUCUAAAUUUUUUGUUUUGGUUGUUAUAGUCUCAGGGAUUAUAGGUUACUUACUUGCCUGCUAACUAAGAAAAUAUUCAGGCACAACUGUCUUUUUCAAAUGAAAACAAUUUGUGUAAAAGCUUAAUCAGAAAAGCAUUAGAGUUUCUUUAUACAACCUUGGACAGAUUCUUCCAAUUUUAGAAAAUAGAUUUCAAAAUUUCAUUAUCUUGAAAUGUUUUAGAGAUUUAACUUUACUAACCAACAUACUACCCAAACAAGAUCGAUAGAUUGCAGUUUUGACAGUCAUGUAAAACACAUCCAUUCAUCACACUUUUGUAAUACAUCCUUAGAAAAGCAAUAGCUGAACACUAGACUUCUAUGAGACCUUACUGAGUCUCAUGUUUUGAGAGAUUAGGGUCUGCACUGGUGCAUAGUGAAAGUGAGAGAACUCCCUCCACCAAUGGAGGUAUCACUUUCUCUGAAAUUUGUUACUUUUAGAGAGAAUAUGUGACAUGUCCAAUGUCACAUCGCCAGUGUGUGUAUGUCUAUGUAUAAAUAUGGUGGGACACAGCCAUGUCCUAUCUUGUGAUUCUGAAUAAGUUGGUGGAAAGUAAGUAGACUUAGAGCUUAAGUUAUAAUACAUUCAUGAAAUCAAGAUCAUUGUUAAGAUAGAAUUCUUGGCUAAGCUAAGCUAGUCAGAUGACUAAAAUGAAUGGCGUUACCUCUGAUGACUAGAAGUAGCGUAAUUUAGGCUGUGUAUUAUUCAGCUUCAAAUUUUCUCACUAGUUAUCAAUUAAUAUAUCUUUUAGCUUCUCCCUUCUCCCUCCACAUUUCUAUUCAGUUCCCAUUGCAUGUAAUUCACUAUAUUUUAAAAUGUGUGAAUUGUUUUCUCUUUAUAGUUUAGUACUUCAAAGUAACUCAUCUCAUACAAAUCCAAACUACCAUCCGGUCUUUUAAUCUUGUUAUUUGAAAUGCUUUGUCAUUGUCUUCCAUUGUGUAUGCCAGUUUUGUGAUGAAUUACACCUGAGUUGGACAUUUUCUUUUUUUUUUUAUUUACCUCUAUAUACAGGCUGGCUUAGCAGGAGCUCCAGCCCGUGCAGUAUCCGCUGUAAAGAAUAUGAAUCUUCCUGAGAUCCCAAGAAAUAUUAACAUUGGUGACAUCAGUAUAAAAGUGCCAAACCUGCCCUCUUUUAAAUAAAAAGGCUACUCCCAGGUAAAAUCCAGGAGGGAAACAGUCAUCUAGGUUUACCAUGCCAUUGUUUACCAAAAAAAGAUGAAGAGUCUUAACUUUUGCUGUUGGAUUGAUUUAAGAAAAGGUAUUGUAAAGAAUUGUGUAAAAAUCAGUAUAUUAUGAUGAAUGUUGCAUUUGCCUUGCUUAGUGAUUUUGAAGGAAAUGGGUAGUCCCUGUGUGAUUUUUUUCCCCCUAAAUUACAUUCCUAUGCCCUCCUAAGGCGUGUCAUCUUGGUUGCUACAGUAUUUUGAAAAUGUAUUUAAGGUAUUCCUUUAUUAUGUACAACCCAAAGUAUUGGGGCAUUUUGUAUAUUUCAUGGAAUUCUAUGAAUAAGCAUUCCUUAACUCUUCCUGCCAUUUGUUAUGAUUAUUUAAAAAUUAUGUAUGUGUUGCAUGAAAAAAUAUUCUGUUUUCUUUUUUAAGAAAAAAAUAAACUCCAAAUGAACUGGA